AUGAUCAAUAAAGUGAUCAUUCAUCUGUACGAUGAAAAAGGUGAAUACUCAUAUGGUCAACAUCAGUUUCGUUUGAAACUUGAAGAACGUGAUUCAGAUAAAUGGUUUUUUUGGAUUAUCUCAAAAAAUGUUUCUAGGAAAGUUAUUUUAAUAAGUACACCAACAGCAUAUGGAUUCGCUGGACAUGAUGGUAUUUGUCUUAAUGGUGUUUAUCAAAAUACAAAUAAUUAA